GAUCCACCAAUCAGCGCCUGUCUCUGCGUGCCGCUCGAGCCCAGGGGAAAAACCGACCGGGCCAUUAACGAAAAGCUCAGUCAAGUUUUGUCAGUCGGAGGAGACACAUCGUUGUACCAGUGCGCAGUCCAUUAUACGACUAUCGCUACGUGGUUGUUGUGUUUGUGGAUGUUUCUACCGUAUUGUUUCGACACAGAGGACGUCUAUAAACCCAGACAAGUGACCCACGAAGUGACCCGGGCGCUGUCGCUUUAAAGCGAACACCUCCCCCUCCCCACAAUAUUGGAGCCCCCCAAUCACCCACAUAACAUGGAUGGAUUCUAUGACCAGCAAGUCCCAUUCAUGGUCCCACCCAGUCAGCACAAGUCUCACGUGGAGGAACCAUCUCACAACAGGCCUCUGAGCGACAGGAAAAGGAAGUUUGUCGACACAGAACUCGCCCAGGACACAGAAGAUCUCUUCCAAGACCUCAGUCAGCUGCAAGAGAUCUGGAUUGCAGAAGCUCAGGUGCCUGAUGACGAACAGUUUGUCCCAGAUUUCCAGUCGGAGAGCUUGAUGUUUCAUGGCCCGCCCCCAGCCAAGAUCAAACGAGAGCUGACUCCCUCCAGAGAGUUCUCUCCCUGUCACCAGGACAGGAGUCCCAUGCCCUACGGAGAGAAGUGCCUUUACAGCUACAGUGCCUGUGACAGGAAGUCCACUCCUGGGUUCAAGCCAUUAACUCCACCAUCAACACCAGUCUCUCCCUGCGGCCCUACCGGAACAGCAGGGACGCACCCUCUGAGUGCGCAGACCCCCCCUCCUCACCCCCAUGUAGCCAAUCCGACCCCAGGGCCGCGUCCGGUGCACGUACAGCAGCCUAUGACAGCGAGCGCCGGUUCUCCUAACCAGCAAGCAGUCCACAGCCCACCCUUCGCCGUGCCCUGUGCACCCAUCAACCAGGAUGCCAACAACUUCACACCUGAGCAUAGGUUCCAGCGGCAGAUGUCAGAGCCAUGUCUACCCUUUCCCCAAUCCGAGAGUCAAGGGCGCCCCCAGUUCUUGCCCCAGCCUCCCAGCCGCAACAAUAACAACAACAACAGUCUGCCACGUGACGGCCGGCCGCCCUACCACCGCCAAAUGUCAGAGCCGUUGGUAGCUGUGCCACCCCAGGGUUUCAAGCAAGAGCUAAUCGACCCACGCUACACAGAGCAGGGAGUCCCCUCCAUGGGCCCCCCAGGUCCACCCCCGGGUCCUCUGCAUCAGGCUGCUUUCCACCCCAUGGCCAUCAAGCAGGAGCCUCGUGACUAUUGCUUUGAUUCUGAAGUGCCUAACUGUCACUCAUUGUUUGGGAGAGCGGGGAGCUUCUACCAAAAUAACCAUGAAAGCUUCUCCUUCGACAGAGAUCAUCAGCUGUACUUUGACGAUACCUGUGUGGUCCCUGAAAAAUUAGAAGGUAAAGUCAAACAGGAACCCUCUGUUUAUCGUGACGGACCUCCCUACCAGCGCCGGGGCUCCCUGCAGCUCUGGCAGUUCCUGGUCACAUUACUGGACGACCCAGCCAACGGCCACUUCAUUGCCUGGACUGGUCGUGGAAUGGAGUUCAAACUCAUUGAGCCUGAGGAGGUGGCUCGUCGCUGGGGCAUCCAGAAGAACAGACCGGCCAUGAACUAUGACAAGCUGAGCCGCUCGCUGCGUUAUUACUACGAGAAGGGCAUCAUGCAGAAGGUAAAGGUGGCCGGUGAGAGGUAUGUGUACAAGUUUGUGUGCGACCCCGAGGCUCUAUUCUCCAUGGCCUUCCCUGACAACCAGAGGCCCAACCUGAAGGUAGACCCGGACAGCCUGCUAGGGCUGGACGACGACACCGUGCCCCUCACCCACUACGAGGAAACUCCUCCCUACGUGCUAGACGCCGGGGAGCAGUGUGUGGCAGGCUUGCCGUAUCCAGAAGGCUACAGCUACUAACAAGCAGAGGGGUUGUGACGCACAUAACACAUGUACAUGCAAAACACUCCGAAAGUCUCUCGACAGCCACUUUUAAAAAUCCAAGAGCGGGAACUGCUGAGCUGCUCGGAAGAAUAACCUCGCCCUCUGCUCCUUUUCAUGGUUUCCUCUCCUGCUCCCUGGAAAACCUUCAUGAGACUCUGUAAGCUCCCAAGCUAAGAAUGAAUGAGGGAAAAGCCUGCGACAUCAUGCGAGAACGAGGGUUGCGAAACCGGCGAGGUUGAGCUGGACUGCAAGGGGCUGCUGUUGCUACGGAGACCAACAAAGCGAGGCCACAUGCCGCCAACUUUGAAAGAACUGACAACUCCCCCCCCCCCCCCCCCCCCCCCCCCCCCCCCCUUUGUACAAGACUUGUUGCAUUUCUGAUUUUGUGACAAUCUGCUUUCCUUAACAAAAAUCAAGUAACCAACAAGAUUAAAGACAUUUAAAAAAAAAAAAACUAAUAAGAUAUUCUAAACUCAGCACUAUUCUAUAGUUGCCUUUUUGGGACCCCCAUUUUCAUGUCGCCACUUAUGAACUACAAGAUCCGUAAAAGGGCUGUAAUUUGCAAAAACGGAUUGACAAA